AUCAGAGCUCAGGCCGAACUGAUGUAGUGAGAGGCAGAGCAUACUGACGUAAAAUUAGGUGGUCCGUGGUUUUAACCGGUUCUGAUCCAGCUGUUUACGCUAUGUACUAAAAUGAGGUUUCACGCUAUUAAGAGAGAUUAGGAUCAAUUAGGAUCGGUUAGGAUAGUGUGGUUUGUGAUGUGGGUUUCAGCGAGUAGACUAUCGAUAAUUAGGGAGUGAUUAAUUCACUUUACUUAAUUUCAAGCUCGCUUUAAGCAUCACCACUCAAAGUUCUACGAAAAAAUGGACAAGAUGGGUUCAGGAGAAGGACCAGAUAAUUUACAAUACAGGUGGUGUCACCUUCGUAAGGUGUUGGAAAGAACCGGCCCCUUUUGCCAUCCUGACUUUGAACCAUCGCCAGAUAAUCUGAAUUUUCUGAUGGAAUCGUGUAAACUUUUAGUUAUUGGUGCUGGCGGGUUAGGUUGUGAACUUAUGAAAGAUUUGGCACUAAUGGGAUUUAAAGAUAUACAUGUUAUUGAUAUGGACACAAUUGAGUUAUCUAACCUCAACAGGCAGUUUCUGUUUAGAAGAAGAGAUAUUGGACAAUCAAAGGCCGAAGUUGCAGCAAAAUUCAUAAGCACUAGAAUUCCAGGUUGUCAUGUCACACCACAUUUUUCCAAGAUUCAGGAUUUUGAUGAGACUUUUUAUAGAAGUUUUCAUAUUGUGAUAUCUGGUCUUGAUUCGAUAGUAGCACGUCGUUGGAUCAAUGGUAUGCUUAUAUCACUACUCUCUUACAAAGAUGGGGUCUUGGAUCAGUCUAGUCUCAUUCCAUUAAUAGACGGAGGAACAGAAGGAUUCAAGGGUAAUGCUCGUGUGAUCUUGCCAGGUAUCACAGCCUGCAUAGAGUGCACUUUGGAUCUCUUCCCACCUCAAGUUACAUACCCGCUCUGUACCAUAGCCAAUACCCCUCGACUACCAGAGCAUUGUAUUGAAUAUGUGAAGGUUAUUCAGUGGUCCAAGGAGAAUCCAUGGGAUGUACCUAUUGAUGGUGAUGACCCUCAGCAUAUUAAUUGGAUAUAUGAAAAGGCUAUGGAAAGGGCUGUGCAAUUUGGUAUCCAAGGAAUAACAUAUCGAUUGGUGCAGGGAGUUGUCAAGAAUAUAAUUCCUGCAGUGGCAUCAACAAAUGCUGUAGUGGCAGCAGCAUGUGCAACAGAGGUAUUCAAACUGGCCACAAGUUGCUGUGUUCCAUUGGAUAAUUACAUGGUUUUCAAUGAUGUGGAUGGUAUCUACACAUACACAUAUCAGGCAGAACGUAAGGAAGAUUGUCUGGCAUGUAGUCAGGUACCCACAACAGUGGACAUACCAGGACCAGAGGCCAAACUGGAAGAUCUCAUCACAGUUCUAUGUGAAAGCCCCAAGUUUCUGAUGAAGAGCCCAGGACUGACUGCCACUAUUGAUGGCAAGAAUCGCACAUUGUACAUGCCAACAGUUGCCAGCAUUGAGGAGAAGACACGGGUGAAUCUCAAGAAGUCCCUUAAUGAACUUGGGUUGGAGGAUGGUUCACAGCUUAUGGUGGCUGAUUCUACCUCUCCAAACACACUCAUCAUUAUACUCAAGUUUGCCUCCCCUCCUGACUUUGAAAUGGAAUGAAUUUAGGGUGUUGAAGCGGCAGUGUUAAACCAAAAGCACGCUCUUUGUGAACAUAUUCAAAACUAUACUUUGAGAAGAGGCUCACCUUAUGUAGAAGUUCUUUUUCCCCAUGCAUUCUAAAGAAAUAUCUAGUGUUGUCAAGAAAACUUUUUAUACACAAAUGUGAUUAUUACCAUGUUCAGUUAUUGUGACAGAUUAUUUUAAAGUGUUCUGUUAUUGGUGAAUUUUUCAGUGGCACUACUGACUAUAUUAUAACUAGCUAGAUGUGAAAUGUGGAGAAUAUUCUCCAAUUCUCCAGUCCUGAUAGAAUUGGGCAUUGACUAGACUAGGGAAGUUAAAGAAUUAUAGUCUCUAUGUUGAUGGAAAUGUGAUCAGAAAACAGCAGAAUUGAGCAUUGCAGUCCAAAGUAGUUCUAGCAAAUUGUGCAUACAAAUUUACUGCCAUUAUAUAAAAUUUCAGGUUUUACUGUGAUAACCUGUCAAGAGGGACUGACACAUUUUGUAGAUGUAUUCAUAUCAAAGUACCAUGAAAUAGUUUGUUCUUCACAUCAGGGUUGAACUACUUGUAUUAGCAGUAAAACUGUUUGCUGAGUUUCAAACUCAUCUUAUCUAAUUUGUUUCUGACAUCAUCCAUCAUCUUGGCAAGUUCAUGGUGACCUGACGCUAUCAGCACUUUCUCUCGUGUCAGCUCUCGCAGAUUCAGGGCUACGAAAUCCUGCAUGCUGUGUUGGGUAACUCUUAACUUCUCCUGCUGAUCCAUAAGGGACUGGUGGCCAUAAGACACAGCUUCCAACUUCUGCUGGUCUUCCUUGAGAGAGUCCAUCGUGUUGAGCUGACUGUGUGCAGAGUCCAUGAAUUUGUCGACUGUCAUCUCUGAGAGAGCUCGAAACUGCUGGUUUCUGGCAGCAUAACAAACGGCCCUGGCUCGGUUGUUCAUCAGAUGGUACGUAUUCCACAUGUAUGGGUCCAUCGAACUUGUGCACUCUCGAAGGCUCAUUCUGCUAGUACAAGCAGAACGUUGCCAACCCUCUGUUAAAGCCUGACAAUUCAGUAGAACCACGCUCUGCUACCAUAACAAAAAUAUGGUUACUAUUAUAUCAUGGUCAGAACUGUUGUUGAUGAAGAAUGAAUGGAAAUACACAGUUUGACAGCAGUAGCAAACUUCCUUCUCAGUUUUUCACAUUAUAGAAUCAAGUCCCAGAACUUUGUCUCCCCACAGUGAGAAGACAGUGUACGUGAUCUGUAUUAUUCAGUGAAAAUAAACUUUCCCAACUUGCUUAUUAGCAGUAUGAGGAGCAUUGUGAGAUAGUCUUCAAGGUACCUUGGAUGAAAAAGAGGACAAAAACAUAAAAGGAACAACAUCAUGUUGUAAUAUAAACAUUGAACACCAGCGUCUGCAUUAAGCAGGGCUAUUAAAAGUGAAAUGAAUACUUUAAAAAAAUAAAUCAUGUAAACAAGACAAGAUGGGAAAGUCCAUGUUGUGUGGAAUGUGUCUUCAUUAAGGGAUGCUGCACCACUGACUGACUUGUUUUUGAGCUUUUGAAGGUUUUGCUGCCAGAGAUGGAAUGUAAACUCUUUCUUUCAUAUAGCCCCAAAGGUGUCAGAUUGGAGUCAUCUGUGAGGCCAUGUCUGUUGACUUCUAGGCACAUUCUCAUCCCGAAAUCUGUUACACAAUUGUACAGGGGUGCAGUAUCUUAUUAAAAACAUGUAUUUCAUCAAGCUAGGGCAGUCACCACUUUUCCAACAUGUCUAAGUACAGAAUGCCGUUUACGGAUUUUUCGUUAAAGAGAAAGAAACUGUAAAUAUUAGAAAACAGAACACAGAGGUUUUUUCCCCCCCUUAUCCCCACACUCUUUUAACACAAACACAGAUGUCAAAAUGGUUCCGAGUAAAACCUGUAUGAGACAACAGAUUCUCAUCCCUUUCAAUACUGUCCUUGGAGUUAGAAUAAAAUGUGAACCUUGUUAUUUCAUCUUGCAUAAUUACUCUGCACCAAUUAAAGUAUGUAGGGUCUGUUAUGUUAUUUUCAUAAACCUGUUUUUCUAAAAACUGGUUAUGCCACAUGUAAAUCAUUUUUCUUCAUGGAUUAUCUUUAUGAAAACUGUUCCUGAACGUAUACUGCCUAGAUAUAGUUGCAUUUUUACUUUGGUCACCAUUUUGUACAAUUUAUGUUCAGGGUGCCAUGUGAUACUUCAGGAAUUAAAGGGAUUAAUGAAACAAACUCUCCGAACUACCUUCACACUAACUUUAUUAUUAUGUUCAUGCUACUUAUAGUUUACUUGCAAGAUGUUACUUUGAUGUGUUGUUUUGUAAUAACCCUGUGCAAAUGUCUUUUUCUUUAAUCCAGACAAAUAAAUGUCUUACUUCUAUGAA